AAAUUAUGGACCGAACCGAGCCACCUUUUAAAAUUAUGGACAGUCUUGAGGCUCCCUUUAAAAUUAUGGACAGUCUUGAGGCUCCCUUUCAAAUUAUGGACAGUUGUGAGGCUCCCUUGAAAACUAUGGACAGUCGUGAGGCUCCCUUGAAAACUAUGGACAGUCCCGAGGCACCCUUUAAAGUUAUGGACAGUCCCGAGGCACCCUUUAACAUUAUGAACAGUCUUGAGGCUCCCUUUAAAAUUAUGGACAGUUGUGAGGCUCCCUUGAAAACUAUGGACAGUCGUGAGGCACCCUUUAAAAUUAUGGACAGUCCCGAGGCACCCUUUAACAUUAUGAACAGUCUUGAGGCACCCUUUAAAAUUAUGGACAGUCCCGAGGCAACCUUUAAAAUUAUGGACAGUCCCGAGGCACCCUUUAAAAUUAUGAACAGUCCCAAGGCACCGUUUAAAAGUAUGGACAGUCCCGAGGCACCCUUUAAAAUUAUGGACAGUCCCGAGGCACCCUUUAAAAUUAUGGACAGUCCCGAGGCAACCUUUAAAAUUAUGGACAGCCCCAAGGCACCGUUUAAAAGUAUGGACAGUCCCAAGGCACCCUUUAAAAUUAUGAACAGUCUUGAGGCACCCUUUAAAAUUAUGGACAGUCCCGAGGCAACCUUUAAAAUUAUGCACAGUCUUGAGGCACCCCAUUCUAAAAAAAAAUACACUUUUGCACCC